AUGAUAUGUCAACUGGCGCGUAAAGACCACAAUCUCAAAUAUGCCUGGAUUGAUACUUGCUGUAUUGAUAAAUCGAGCACCGCGGAACUCAGCGAGUCUACCAACUCGAUGUUCAAGUGGUACCAUCAAGCAGCCGUUUGCUUCGCCUUCUUUGCUGACUGGGAACCGGAAGACCAAACAUUUACCCAUUGCCAGUGGUUCACUCGUGGAUGGACCCUCCAGGAGCUUGUCGCAUCCGAAACGCUUAUCUUCUACGAUAAAACCUGGCAAGCUCGAGGUAAUAAGUUGGCAUAUUGCUCUGAGGUUGCUCGAAUAUCUAGAAUCAGUGAAGCUGGCUUGACUGGCCAAACACAACUUGCCGAUGUUCCUGUAGCGGUCCGUCUGUCAUGGGCGGCUGAACGAAUAACAACCAGAGAAGAGGAUAUCGCAUAUAGCUUGUUGGGAAUAUUCGACAUUAACAUGCCAAUGCUUUACGGAGAAGGACAUAAAGCCUUUCUGCGGUUGCAGGAGGAGAUCAUUAAAAACUACGUGGACAUGUCAAUAUUUGCAUGGAAGGCCUUGCCAGGGACUUGUCAGGAUAACAUGGGAAUUCUUGCUCCAUCACCGAGAGAGUUCAAGGAUUCAUCGAGUCUGUACCCCGCCCUAUCUCAAUCACUAGUGGGCCCAAAUCUUACAUUCUCUAUCUCGGAUCGUGGCGUGCAAUUUCACGCUCCUUUACAGUCAGACAAGAGCACCGGAUUUCUCAUCUUGCCGGUACUACAUUUCGAUCUCCCGCCUGAUGCGUCUGUAAGCUCCUUGGACCUCACCAACAGAAGGACCAGCUACGGGGUGUACCUUCGGAUGAUAGGGACAAAGGAUUUUGUUCGCGCUCUGCCGUAUCGUCUUGUCAACUACGCACUUGAGGCUGCAGCCUUCAAUCUUCAUUCGCUUUGUUGUUUUAAGAGACUUUCCGCCAAAGACUCGGUCGCCGUAGGCAGACGGGAAAUAUAUAUCCGUAAGCCCGCGGAUCUCGGGAGGAUGCAGAGACUUUGGUCUUGCCAGUGUCCAACCGAAUACUACCUGGUGCUCAUCUCUUCGUACGCUCCGUGCAAACCUGAAUGA